AUGCAGGAGGAAAAGGCUGUGAGGAAGAGGAAGAUGGCCCGGGAGCCCCAGGGAGGUGAGGAGGAAAGGAGCCACACCGGGGAGAAGCCCUUCAAGUGUGGAGAGUGUGGGAAGAACUUCAGCAAGCGCUGCAACCUGAACUACCACCAGCGGAUCCACACUGGAGACAGACCCUACGAGUGUGAUAAAUGCAGGAAGAGGUUUCUGACCAGUUCUCAUCUCCUCCGGCACCAGCCGAUUCACUCGGAUGAGAGGCCCUUCUGCUGCCCUGACUGCAGGAAGGGCUUCAAGGACAACUCCACCCUCAUCAGGCACCGCCACAUCCACACCGGAGAGAGGCCUGGGGCAAGGCCCUACGAGUGUGAUCAAUGCUCGAAGGCGUUUAAGACCAGCUCCCAUCUCCUGCUGCACCUGUGCACUCACACAGACGAGAGGCCCUUCCGCUGCCCCGACUGCGGGAAGGGCUUCCAGCGCAACACCCACCUCACCAGCCACCGGCGCAUCCACACCAGGGAGACGCCCUAUGAGUGUCCCGAGUGUGGGAAGAUUCCAGCAUAG